CUGUCCCGUCGCCGCCUCGCCCCCGUCUCCGCCGGGCCUGGCGUUCUAGAACUCGCCGCGCAGCUGCCUCAGGUGCCCGGGCCCAGUGCGGGCAGCGACGGCACAGCCCCCGGGCGCUCUGCUCCUGCCGCCGCCGCGGGCCCAGGCCGCCCCUCCAGACCCCGACCGUCCCCUCAGCACCGACGAAGCGGCUCAGUCCAGCCAGCCAGCCCAGUCCAGUCAUGCAGGUACAGGAAGAUGGAGACAACCUCAUCCCCUUUGCCAAGUCUUCCAGGGUGGUCAGCCGAUCUUCACCCCCCAGCUUGCCUUCCCGGAGCCUCAGACUGACACCCCAGCAUUAUGGAGACAUCUUCUGGGACAACCUUAGUCAAAGGCCCAGCUCCACCUGGAUGGAAGAACAGUACAUCCCAUCCCUGCUGAGAGCCACUGGCUGUUCCCAGCCUGGCGUGUACCCCCCUGAGGGGCUCCCACCCCCUGAGAUGCUUUUCAGAAGAAAGAGAAGGAGGUCGUAUUUGGCAGGAAUGCAGGGACCUGGGGGCAUCCCAGCCCGAGUAAGGGCUGUCACUUACCACCUGGAGGAUCUAAGGAGGCGACAGAGAAUCAUCAAUGAACUAAAGAAGGCCCAGUGGAGCAGCUGUGGCGCUGCAGCCGAGCCCCCGGUGCCUGGCGAGGCGAGCUGUGGAUUCCCCAGCACCAGUGAGCACCCUGAUCUGGAAGAGGAGGGGGCAACCUACCCACAGGAAGAAGACCACUUCCUCCCUCCUAGCAGGGCCCAGCUGCUCUGGUCUCCCUGGAGCCCCCUGGUCCAGGAGGGAUCCUUCCUCUCCAGGCAGCUGAGCUCUCUGACCCCCUGCAGCACCGUCAGAGCCCGUGGGAACCCCCUUUCCAAUACCUGGGGGAUGGAGCUGCCCGAGGAAUAAGGAAGAACCCUUAUAAAGUCUCCGCAGCCUAAAGAAGGCCCAUGGAUGGUAAAGAAACCAUCCAUGCCUAUCCAACUUGCUAGCGCUGCCCCAGGGACCCAAGCCGCCUCCUCGUCGCUGGAAUCACCCCAAAGGCAGUUCCCCGUCCUUAGCCUCUCGCAGCUUCCCCUCCCGUCUCUGCACUAGGCACCAACAGCCCUGGGCCUCCCAUCUCAACCCACCCCUCUCGGCAGCUCCCAAGGCCCGUGGGCCCAGCCUGCUCCCGCAGUGUUCUUUUCCCUGGUCUUUCAUUAAAAGGAAAACACGUUGA